AUGUCCGUUACUCCGCAUCCCCUUCCGGUUCCGCUGGUGGCGCUCCCGCAUCACGGUCCUUCCCGGACAAACCUCGAAGCGCCAUCCUUACGGGUUUACCGCCAAUCGACGUCGACCAUCCCAAACGUUCUCCUCGUGGCACCGCCAAUCACGGACGUCGUCUCGACAUUCUCCUCCUUCUCUGUCCCUCCUCUCACGUCUCCUCCCUUUUUGUCGCCUCCCGAAGCGCCUGGUGUCGAGCCGAUCGAUUUCGUCAAUUCCUUCAGUUACGAGUCGGCCGCUGACGGCCGGUCGACGUGGAUCGCGCCGGCCGUCACUGCUGUCGGCGCGACGUUGCCGGUGUGGUGGCGACGCGGCGUGCGGGUUGUGCGGACCGUGCUGCGACCGAGAAAGUGCCGCACAUGCCUUGGCACAGGAUACAAUCUCUGCUGCAAGUGCCACGGCCGGGGAAAGCAAGGGGGGCUAGUGACGCAGCUACCUCUGGAAGCGUGUGGGGCAUGUGAGGGGCGGGGCCACGAGCGGUGCGAGCAAUGUGCUGCCACAGGGCUGGCCAACCACUGGCUCUACUCGCCUGUCAAGGAGGGGGGUUGGGGCCCCCGAGGGCACUAA